GAAGCCGAAAGUCAUUCACUGCCCCACUCGUACCGCACGUGACCUACUCAGUUCCCACUAAAAACUACAAAGCCAGCUGCUCCGCACUCCAUAACACCACCGCCACUUUCUCCGUUUCCCUCCUCACUCCAUUGCAAUGCUUCUGUUCCUUCUCUUCCUCAUCUUCGCCGGUGCGGCUCCUCCGUCGUUUUCUCAGACCACAAGCUACCUCCUCCCAUCCGAUGCCGUUUCUCUUCUUUCUUUCAAGUCCAAGGCCGACUUGGACAACAAGCUUCUCUAUCUCAUCAAUGAGCGCUUCGACUACUGCCAAUGGCAAGGCGUCAAGUGCGCCCAAGGCCGCGUCGUCCGCUUCGUCCUCCAAGGUUUCUCUCUUCGUGGCACAUUCGCGCCGUACACUCUCUCCCGCCUCGACCAGCUCCGAGUCCUUAGCCUGCAGAAUAACUCUCUCUCCGGUCCUGUUCCCGACCUCUCUCCUCUCGUUAACUUGAAAUCUCUCUUUUUGAGCCACAACUCCUUCUCUGGAUCUUUCCCGCCGUCUAUUUUGUUGCUUCAUAGGCUCACUGUUCUUGAUCUUUCUUAUAAUAAUUUCACCGGCAACAUUCCGGUUCAGUUGUCUGCUCUCGACCGGCUUAGCUUGCUUCGUCUAGAAUGGAACCGAUUUUACGGUUCGCUGCCGCCUUUUAACCAGUCUUUUCUCGUUUCUUUCAAUGUAUCCGGGAAUAAUCUCACGGGGCCAAUUCCUGUCACGCCUACCCUUUCCAAGUUUGAUACGUCAUCGUUUUCUCUAAACCCGGAUCUCUGUGGUGAGAUUAUCAACAAGGCAUGUACUAGGGUGCGGUCUCCAUUUUUUGAUCCGCCAUUAUCUUCCAGUGCCACCUCGCCAGCAGCACCGCUAGGCCAGAGCGCACAGGCGGAAGGCGGAGCUGGUUUAGCAGUUUUGUCUCCGUCGUCUUCACAUAAGCACAGGAGAACUACUGCUAUUCUUGGUUUCGCGGCUGGUGUCUCGGUAUUGAUCGUGUCUCUUCUGUGCAUCUUUUUUUCUUUGGUCAAGAAACAGAACAAACAAGUAAAUGUGAAGGAAAAACAGCCGGCGGCAGCAACAUCUGCAACUGCGAAUUCGAUUCAUACGAACUCGAUAGAAGACGCCAAAGCUACAAGAGAAUCUGGUGAAGUUACAGUAACUUCGAAAACGCAAGAAAUCGAAGUACAGAAAGUGAGAAGAUUGGAGAAGAGUGGUGGUUUGGUGUUUUGUGGUGAGAAGAGACAGAUGUACACAUUGGAGCAGCUAAUGAGAGCAUCAGCGGAGUUGCUGGGGAGAGGAACUAUGGGGACUACCUAUAAGGCUGUGCUAGAUAAUCAGCUGAUAGUGACGGUGAAGAGGCUUGAUGCCAGUAAGAGUGCCAGUACGAGUAGCGAUGCCUUCGAAGGGCUUAUGGAAGCUUUGAGUGGUCUUCGCCAUCCAAAAUUGGUGCCAAUCAUGGCAUACUUCCAGGCCAAGGGAGAGAGGCUUGUUAUAUAUGAUUAUCAACCCAAUGGCAGCCUCUUCAAUCUCAUUCACGGUUCAAGAUCAACAAGAGCAAAGCCUCUUCACUGGACAUCAUGCUUAAAGAUUGCAGAAGAUGUAGCCCAGGGUCUUGCCUAUAUCCAUCAAGAAUCAAAGUUAAUUCAUGGCAACCUGAAAUCUUCCAACGUUCUCCUUGGAGCUGAUUUUGAGGCCUGCAUCACAGACUAUUGCCUUGCUGCCCUUGCAGACACAUCUACUGAAGAUCCUGAUUCUACAGCAUGUAAAGCACCUGAGACCCGCAAUUCUAGCCGUCAAGCCACUGCCAUAUCUGAUGUGUAUGCAUUUGGUGUCCUAUUGCUAGAGCUUUUAACUGGUAAACAUCCAUCACACCAUCCAUUCCUUGCACCCACUGACAUGUUGGAUUGGGUCAGAAAAGUGAGGGAAUAUGAUGGUGCGGAAGACGAUCAACUAGGAAUGCUUACAGAAGUUGCUAGUGUUUGUAGCUUGACAUCUCCAGAACAAAGACCGGCAAUGUGGCAAGUAUUGAAGAUGAUACAUGAAAUAAAGGAAAGCGCCAUGGUUGAGGAUAAUGCACCUCCUGGAUAUUCUUAGUUAUUAUUAUUAUAUAUAGAUAUAUUGUUUUUCUCUACACUUACAGGAUUGGAUGAAUAGAAGAAACCACAAGCUCAGGCAAUCCAAACAAUGGGGAAGAAGAAAAUUUAUCAGUGAACCACUCUGGCUGUGAUCUAAAAUUUAUAUUAUCUGAUGGACGCAAGGAAGCUACAUGAAUGCCACUAGUCAUGCUGGUGUGGCAGAUAAAAAAUCAUGAUUUAGUAAAGAUUCUACUAUUCUUUUUCUGUUGAUUAUUAUAAUUUUGAAGCAUGCUUCUUCCUUGGCCACACCGUAUUUGAUACUGCUUGCCAAGUGGAACUUUGAUGGUUAAGGAAUCAACGCCCUUUUUUGUGCAUGAAAUUUUCAUUCUUGAAAGCAGACACGAGCACUUCUGCAUUAGUAUUAGUAACAUGAGGUUCAUCCUUUGCACCAGAACGUUAAGUUGGUGUUGUAGAUAGUGGUGAAAAAGAGUGUGAUGGGAGGAAGAUGAUAAAAGAUGCAGCAGAUUGGCCCUCUGUACCCUUUGUACUAUUCGUUUGUGUCCAGCAAGCAGAUUGCUGUCCGUUUGUUGCUUGGACUUUGUGUUAAGACCUGGUAGUGGACUUGAUGCAUGUGCUUCAGGUCUGUCUCCGAAUAAAAAUUAAUCAUUUGUUUCA